GAUCGCUCUAUGCGUUGCAUAUGGUACGUAUCAGCCCAAUCGACCCUUCUCACGCCCAUACCGAACAUCAUUACUGUCUCGCUACAGCUACAGCACUGGAGAGUUGUUACGAAAUUUCGACGUUGAAGAUUUUCGCAUCGGCUUUUGAGUCGGGUCAUUUGUGGAUCAUGUACUACUCAUUAUCGAUUGCAAGCUGCAUUGAUAUCUUCAUCGCCGCAUCGCUUUGUUACUUGUUGUCGAGGUGCCGAACAGGCUUUUGUAAGACGGACUCUCUGAUAUCGUGGCUGAUGUUCUAUACCAUCAAUACAGGGCUAGUCACGAGUAUGUGCUCUCUUGUUGCCGUCAUCAUGCUUGCGGUUUUCCCAAGAACAUUCUUGACAGUGGCGUUCCAAUUUGUUCAAGUCAAAUUAUAUAUCAAUUCAUACCUUGCUAUGCUCAAUGCCCGUAGCUCUCUGCGCAGGCAUAGGGAUGGAUCCCUAGGUGGUGGCCUCAGUAUACCACGCAGUAUGAUCUUCAUGCCAUCAAACUCCGCGGGCGAGGCAAAUGGCGUAACAAUAAUCCCCGAUCCGUGUAACUCGAACCCCUCUGUCAGGGUACAAAGUAACACACGAACCGGACGACACAGCAGUAUGUCUGUGGAAAUCGACCCCCGUCGCGAUGCGCACGGCGGCGUUCUUCACAUUUACAAAGACGCAUCCUUGGCACAGUCGCAUGAAACCCUAGUGGUCAUCAACACUCGACUGCGAGACUCGUGUCCUCAUGUUGACGCAGAUAACAAUCCUUACGAUAAUCGACGACCAACUGUGCGCAGGCCUUCCCCGACGUUCGCUCGGAGGACAUCGGUCGUAUUCAUUUGAAAAGUCGUGCCAUUCUUGACCUUGUAUUCACGGGCUUGCGUGUCGAGUGGGUGUCAUUGAUGAUGAUAUUGUAUGUGAGGAUCACGGCUUUGUUCUUGGCCAAUAUGAAUGCGUCGACUCAGUACUCGGGAUUUUCUACGUCGUAUGUUUUCCAUGUUUAUCUACUGACGAAGAAGUGAUGGAGACCAAUCCCAUCGAGGGGACAGUACACAGCAUGACCCGCCGCCGAGGUGUAUAGCACUUCCCGAAUAAGGUAUAAAACAUGGCACUCUGGUAACUCACUGGAAAAGUGGUCCAUGUCUGUAGAACUAGCUCAGGGCGGUGGCGAUGCCAGCAGCCCAGUGCCAC